AUGGUGGGGAAAAUGCUCACCCCGGUUAACGGGGCUGUACCGAGGGGUGUGCUGACCCGUGCCGGUGUACCGACAGAGCCCCCCGGUAACGUACCCUUCCCUCUCUUCGGGCAGCUGAAGAAGUUAGAUGAAGACAGUUUAACCAAACAACCUGAAGAAGUAUUUGAUGUAUUGGAGAAGCUUGGAGAAGGUUCCUAUGGCAGUGUCUUCAAAGCCAUUCAUAAAGAAACGGGUCAAGUUGUUGCAAUUAAACAAGUUCCUGUGGAAUCUGACUUGCAGGAGAUUAUAAAGGAAAUAUCCAUAAUGCAGCAAUGUGACAGUCCUCAUGUGGUGAAAUAUUAUGGCAGCUAUUUUAAGAACACAGACCUGUGGAUAGUCAUGGAAUACUGCGGCGCUGGAUCUGUGUCUGAUAUUAUUCGAUUACGAAAUAAAACUCUCACAGAAGAGGAAAUUGCUACAAUAGUGCAAUCAACACUGAAAGGACUAGAGUACCUGCAUUUCAUGAGGAAGAUACAUAGGGACAUCAAAGCUGGAAAUAUAUUGCUAAAUACAGAGGGACAUGCUAAACUUGCAGAUUUUGGAGUAGCAGGACAACUUACAGACACCAUGGCAAAGCGGAACACCGUUAUAGGGACCCCAUUUUGGAUGGCUCCAGAAGUGAUUCAAGAAAUUGGGUAUAAUUGUGUUGCAGACAUCUGGUCUCUGGGAAUCACUGCAAUAGAAAUGGCUGAAGGCAAACCACCAUAUGCAGAUAUUCAUCCUAUGAGGGCAAUUUUCAUGAUUCCUACUAAUCCGCCUCCAACAUUCCGGAAACCAGAGCUCUGGUCAGACAAUUUUACGGACUUUGUAAAACAGUGUCUUGUUAAGAGCCCGGAGCAGCGUGCCACUGCAACACAGCUUCUGCAGCAUCCGUUUGUUAAAAGUGCCAAAGGAGUGUCAAUUCUGCGAGACUUGAUUAAUGAAGCAAUGGAUAUCAAGCUGAAACGUCAAGAGGCGCAACAGCGUGAACUAGAUCAGGAUGAUGAAGAAAAUUCAGAAGAAGAUGAAACUGAUUCGGGUACCAUGGUGAGGGCGAGCGGAGAUGAAACUGGUACCAUAAGAGCUGUCAACACGAUGAGUGAUGGAGCCAACACAAUGAUAGAACACGAUGGCACCUUGGAAUCCCAGUUGGGUACUAUGGUCAUAAACACAGAAGAGGAAGAGGAGGAGGGCACCAUGAAAAGGAGGGAUGAAACGAUGCAGCCAGCCAAACCGUCAUUCCUUGAAUAUUUUGAGCAGAAGGAGAAGGAGAAUCAAAUCAAUAGCUUUGGGAAGAAUGUGUCUGGCCAGACAAAAAAUUCAUCUGAUUGGAAAGUACCACAGGAUGGAGACUACGAAUUUCUGAAGACUUGGAGUGUUGAUGAACUUCAGAGGAGGCUCUUAGCCCUGGACCCCAUGAUGGAGCAGGAGAUUGAAGAAAUCCGCCAGAAGUACCAGUCAAAGCGACAGCCGAUCCUUGAUGCCAUUGAAGCCAAGAAGCGGCGGCAGCAGAACUUCUGAGCCGCUGGGAGAAUAAUCUUCCAUCCUCAAACAAUCAGCUCCUUGCUUUUACGACUACUAAACAGAUCGAUUUCUAUUGAAAUACGCUAGCAAAAUAGAGGGCAAUACUUCUGCUCAUUUAUUUUUCCAUAGCACCUUUGUGAACUCAGGAAUGCUGUUAAGUGGAAAAUCCUGAUGGUAUGUUUUAAUUUUAGACAUAUAUUUAAAACAUUAUUCCAAAGGAGUUUUGUUACUGUUUUUAGGGGGACUGUUUUUGAAUCAGAAGAACAGAUAGAAAUAGGCUAAUGAAAGUUGGCUCACUCUCUUUUCAACUGAACUUUCAGUAGUCCGUUUUGUUUUAAGUUAAUAUGAAUUGUGGUAUUUAAUGGCUGCAUCCUUUGUGGGUUUUGUUUUUGUUUUUCUUUGUGAAUGCACAGACUCAAUUUCAAGCUGUUAACUGUAUCUUUCUACUGUUAAGGUACUGCUAAGUUUUAGGUCGCUGAAGAGAGCAGGUGAGAACAUGUACAAACUGUUCUAGCCUUUUGAAAGAAACUUAAAUCUCAUUUUUUAAAAGCCUGUAAUAAGCCCCAUGCCUUACACUGUGUGCUUUAAGCAAGUGUGGUUUCUUCAAGACCUCAGUUUUGUCCUCUUUUUGUGUACUUUAUGAAUUAAUACGAGUAGAUAAAGCAUGUUGUGCCUCCAUCAGAAAUUACAUUCUGUGAUUUAAAAUCCACACUGACUUAAAACCAAAAGCCAGUCGGUGAUCUGAUUCCCCUUCGUCUGUCUGUUUGGAAAUGUCCUUCAGGGAGACCCCGCUGAUGGUGCAGUGCUCGGAAGAUGAAACUGUAUUCGAAUGGGUGGAAGUUGUGUGAACCUCUCUCAGGAAUUAGGUACUUCUUCUGUGUCUGAGAGGACUUAAAAAUCUCCACAGUUUGUGAAAUAUUUUAUAGGCUUCAUUUCAGAUUUACAUCUUUAGAUGCUUGAAUAAAAACUUAAGUUCAGAAUCCUUCACAUUUCUGCAAGGUUUAGCACAUUAGAAAGGUUGAACUGAAAUUAAAGACUUUGUUGAAUUAACGAAGAUGUGCAUUUGUGGUGGUGGAGCAAAGGUGGAGUUGAUCUGGAUGAGAAGGCAAUUACUGAUGUCCUACUGGAAGAGAUUCAGUCUCUUCUCUUCCAGUUCCUCUGGAUGCUCUUGUGUUCUUUCUUUACAUUUCCCUGGCAUUCCUGCCUGGUAUAGCUCAAUCAACAACAAUGUGCCAGCAUGUACAAUCGCUGUGAGGAUGGUGCAAUUAACUCACGCCAGUAGAGUGGAGAGUAAAACAGAAGAAGCAAAGAGCUUCAUUGCAGGGCAGAGACCAAGUGAUACCUCUGCCCCAUGGGCUGUAAUAGCAGACGCAUGUAGUUUUAGAUUUAUCUAGCAUAUGAUGAAAUAUUUGGACAGAGCAAGUAUUUCUACUGAUGUAUUUUUAUUUUGCUCUGAUAGAGGGAAGAGUUUCCAUGUCAUUCUCUGAAAUAGGCCUUGGUACAUCGCCUAGAUAAUUAAACUAAAUAGCAGUGUCUCCUGAAUCAAAUGCUGCUAGAGAGGUGAAGUGUUCAUUUCACACCUCUGUAGGCUCUUUUUUUCUCCUUGGAGCAGACUCUUGGCUACUGUUAACAGGUAUACUCCAUUGCUGUGAAAGGAACCAAGCCAUUUUUACUCCCUCUGCAGAUCUGGUUGCAUCAGUUUGUCUCAGUUUGAUACGCAGUGCAAACACAGCUGUUCCAGAGAUCAGCAAACCAGCUGUCCCUGAGUGAAAAGGGAGGCAGUAAGCAGUGUAUCUAGGGUGCUGCUGUCAGAGUACCUCCUGGGAUAACCAACAAUCUGAUAGCCUCAAGUACUGGGAAAGUUUUGAAUUGGGAAACCAAGUAAUUAAAAGGUUCAUUGUUGUUAACGGACUAAAAUCCCUUAGUGUGGACUCUCUAAUGAGGUCUAGUGCAGUGCUGUGUGAACACCAGGGCUCAUACAGUGCUCAUCUGGAAUGUGUGCAAUACAUUUUGCCCUAAACAUGUGUUUAUUAUAAGCAAUAUUUGUUAGCAUCCUUUGCAUCAAAGAAGCUCCCACAACUUAGGAGAGAGUUCUCUGGUGAAGUGUUGGAUCUUGUAUUAGACACUUGGAUGGGUCUGGCCCAACACCUCUGGUGUGAUUGACAUGCAGAUAUGUGAUGUGGUAAAUUGUGCACUGCUUGCAUGUGGCGUGGAUCAAGCAGAUUCUGCUGGGAGUAGUUUUACCUCUGCACUGUGUAGGUAACUUUCUAGUGACUGGAGGGCAUUAGAAAACCCAAGUUUUAGGUGAAACACCCCAGGGUGGUGUCUAUUGAUGGAAUAUGCAACCUGUGACUGCUGUAACUGAAUGUAAGCACUCUUGAAAUACUCUGCUUUGCUAAUGUGAUUGUCUUAAAAUACAGCAAAUGAACCAAAAUAAGUAAAACUGGUCCAAUGGCUUAAGUGUCUUUGAACCUUUCUUAAAUGCGUGCAGUGGCUGAGACUUGAUGUUUCUUGCACUUGGAGCUCUAAUGCAGAAUAAUUAUUUUCUCCUUCACUGAUUUUCAAUCUAUUAGAGAAAAUAAUUCCCUUUCUGGUCCCUUUGUAGAGUGUCUGGGAGCAUAGUACCUGCUCACUUCUCAGAGAAUCCUCCAAGCUAAGAGCAAGGCUUGUACCAUAAGAGAAAGCUGUUCCGACGAAGUUUUUAAGCAAAAAGCUAGCUUAAUUGUGAAGCUGCAUUCAUGGGCUCCUUGGGUCCAUCUGCAUUGCUGAAAGUGUUCUGGACAAACCAUUAUCUUUUGCUUCUAAAACCUAGAGAUACUGAAGAUGUCAGUCACGUGAGACUUAAAAAUGUGAAGUUUGUAGCUUUAACUUUUUUGUAACAAAGAAAUUAGCAACACUGGCAUAAAGUGCUGACUUGAAAAGCUAUUUUGUAAGAUCUGGCUGUUUGUAUAUAAUAGUGUUGGGUCAUUAGUUUGUAUAUGUAUGAAAUAGUAACUUUUAUUGCAUUGCUCUGAGUUUGAUACAGGAGAUUUUAUUUGAUCUUUCUCAAAUAUCUUGCCUUAUUUGUUCAAAGGGGCAAAUAAACUAUCCUUAC